AUGUUGAUGAUCCUUUCCUCGUGUUCAAAGCAGAGGAAGCAAGAAACUGUAAGUGAGAGUAAAAAAGGAACAGAAGACGAGCUCACUUGUAGUACUGUAUCGGAUCCGUGGCUUAGACAGCAAGGAACAUGUCCUGUCUGCAAAUUCAAGGCUCACUCAGGAUGGCAAGAACAAGUGCACGGGACAGAUGAUGAUGAUGCCUCCGUCAUGGAUUGA